AGUUUUGCCGCAAAAACAUCCCACCAUCAGAUAAUACUCCACCGAAAUUCGCAAAUCCUACCCGACUCGAAUCUUCCUCGAUGACAACCUCCCUCGGAACCCUCGUAUUCUGCGCCCCCUGCGGCAAUCUCCUGGACCCGCCGGUAUCAUCAUCGGAGCUGACCUGCGAAAUGUGUGGAUACGUAACAACCGGUAACUCCCCCAUCCUCCUUCUCCCCCCCCCCCAUUUCUCCGCCCAAUCCUAAUUUCCUUGCUACGCAGACACCGGCACAAAAUCUGUGACGACAACCUCAAAUCCCCGCGCCUUCCCCUCCUCCUUGCGCCUGAAGAAGUCCGCCUUGCAAGCGCUCGCCGCGGAGGACUUGCAGACAGGGGCUGAAAUUAACCAGGCGUGUCCAGAGUGCGGGAAUGAGAAGAUGUGGUUUUAUACGCUGCAGAUUCGGAGCGCUGAUGAAGGGGUGAGUUUGAAUUUGCCUUUCUUUUGGGUUUGGGAGGGAGGAUGGGGCUGAUGGAGGGGCGGGUUAGGCGACGGUGUUUUAUCGGUGUGAGGCUUGUGGCCAUCGGUUUAAUACUAAUAAUUGAGGAGGGGAAGUAUUUUGUUGGCGAAAUGGAGUUUAUGUGUUAUCUUGGAUCUCCGAGGGGUGUGUGUGUGUAGGAUUGGUGGAUCUGUGAAAGUUGAUAGACUGCUAUAUUAUAAUGAUUUUUUUUCCUGCAAGUUUCAGUUUUUCGUGUUCGAGUGAUUCUCUGUGAUGGCCUUUGAAGGGGGCUUUUGGUUUCUUUGGUUUUCCCUGAGAUACGUUGGUGUAUGAUAUUUCUGAAUUAUGCAGGGUACACUGGUGUGUUUUUAUAAUAUCAUACUGGCUGCGAGUAGGCUUGAUGGAU